UAUAACCGGUUUUAAUAGGUCUCGCAUGCAGUGAAGACGAAAGAUAGCAAGACAAAUGUCACUGUUAACAUUGUAAACAGUACUACCGUCAAGCAUAGACUGCCGUCAAGCGAAUACGGUAGCGUCGUAAAAAUGCAACAUGGCGACUGCAAUGACAAGACGUGGUAUGGCUUUUAUUAGGAAUAUAUCUGGGUCGUUGCAUUCAAGGUUUCAAGUCCUGACUGGUGGUCCUCAGCAGCUCGCAUGUCUUCAUACCACAGCUUCACUGGAAGCAAAGAACUGGGAGAAGAAGAAUUUUAGGCUGUAUCCACCUCAGCUACCAGAUGAGCCCCGCAGACCAGCAGAGAUCCACCACAGCAGGAGGCAGAUUAAGUACAGCAAAGACAAGAUGUGGUACCUGGCAAAAAUGGUCAAAGGGAUGAGCAUAGAUGAGGCCAUUGCACAGUUGGAGUUCAACGACAAGAAAGGGGCAAAGAUCAUGAAAGAGGUUCUUUUGGAGGCUCAGGAAAUGGCAGUCAGAAAUCACAAUGUUGAGUACAAAUCCAACCUGUAUUUAGCUGAGUCCCACUCCGGCAAAGGGAAGUACUUGAAGCGCAUCCGUUACCACGGUCGGGGGAUGUUUGGAAUCAUGGAAAGAGUUUAUUGUCACUAUUUUGUCAAGCUGGUGGAGGGCUCGCCUCCAAAAAAGGAAGUGAAAACAAGCUUCGACCAGGCCAAAGAGUACGUCCAGAGCCUCAAGGACAGAACCAUCAUCCACAGUCUGUAAACCAUCUGAUAGGAUCAUAUUCCACCUUUUACCUUUCCUGUAUAUUUGCGUAUCUGUUAUUUCACAUUUGUAUAUAAAUAAAUGAUUGAAUGGGGAAUGAGA